AUGGGACAUGAAAACAUCACAGAAUUUAUCCUCUUGGGACUGUUCAGUGAUGAGGAUGCAAAGGCCGCCUGCUUUGUGCUUUUCUCACUUUGCUAUCUUGCCAUUCUCUCCGGAAACCUGCUCAUUCUGAUUACCAUCAAAGGCAGCCACCUGAGUGAGCAGCCCAUGUACUUUUUCCUAAGCUAUCUGUCUUUCAUGGAUGUGUGUUUCACCUCUACAGUGGCCCCCAAACUCAUCACAGACUUACUGGCCCAGCGAAAGACCAUCUCCUACAACAACUGCAUAGCCCAGAUGUUUUAUGCCCACUUCUUUGGUGCCACUGAGAUCUUCAUUUUGGUUGCCAUGGCCUAUGAUCGCUAUGCAGCCAUUUGCAGACCCCUUCACUACAUGGUCAUCAUGAGCAGAAAGGUGUGCUACAUUCUGGUGAUAGCCUCUAGUGCCGGAGCAUUUAUCCAUUCCAUCAUGCAAGUGUUGAUUAUUGUCAGACUUCCUUUCUGUGGUCCCAAUGAGAUAGACCACUAUUUCUGUGAUAUAUUCCCACUGCUGAAGCUGGCUUGCACUGAUACGAAGCUGUUAGUGAUAAUAAUCAUUACUACCACCGGUGUGUCAUCCAUUUUGACCUUUGUUUCCUUAAUUAUUUCUUACAUAAUCAUCCUGUCCAUUCUGAGGACCAUCUCCUCCAAGAGCCGACACAAAGCGCUCUCUACCUGUGGCUCUCACAUCACUGUGGUGUUCAUGUUCUUCUUGCCCCUCAUCUUCACCUAUGUCCCCACAACUGAUUCUGUCAGUGACAGCAAGGUGUUUGCCCUGUUUUACACUAUGAUUGCUCCCAUGUUUAACCCUUUCAUCUACACUCUGAGAAACAAAGAUAUGAACAACGCCAUGAGGAAAGUAUGGUGUCGAGACAAGCUAUCUGAAGGGAUGUGA